CCCCCUCCAGUUACUUUGGUCUAGAACCGCCCCUGGCAACACUGCGCACUUGGACUCCAUUAAACGUCAAAAGAAUGUGGCUGUGAGCUCAAGCGUCUCUGGCCGGGACUCAAAUCCUGUGAGGAAGGACGUGAGGAUCUCGACUCCCUCAACCUCUGUCACAGAUCCUCCUGGCGCGUGGCCACGCAUGGGGUCCGCUAUUUAAACCGGACUCAGCUGACAACCCCGUUACAAGCCAGAGAGACUCGAAGAAAAGCGAGGAACGGGCCGACGCGCUCCAGGGUGAAACAUCCCGACAACUCUGUUUCUGUUACUGUCGUAAUGGAGUUGGCGCGCAACGCCUCCGCGCUUUCGUCGCAGCAGACCAACCGAAUCGCCUUGCCCGGUGGAAGCGACAGUAACGCGUAUUUGUACAUCCUCAUCGUAGUGUCUUUCUACGGAGUCUUCCUCGUUGGCAUCAUGCUCGGUUACCUGCGCACCAAACGGCGCGAGAAGAGGCGCACGAACGCGUUCACGCGGCUUCUGCACGAGGAGGAGCAGCGCGAGUGGGGCGCGAGCCAGAAGAAGCACAGUUUCAGCCUCCCCGCGUUUCCCGCCCUGCGCUCCACGCCGGUGCCGUUCAUGCUGACCGGCCACGCGCUGGAAGGCGGGAGGGUCCUCGCGCCUCUGGCGUGCGCGCUGUGCUCGGUGGAACAGAGCAGCGUCAGCUCCCUCAGCUCCGUCGUGGAUGUGCGCUUCGCCAUCGAAGAGGAGUCGGACAGCGGCGGACACGAGGAUCCACAGGAGCACAACAGUGACGGACCAUCCGGGGAAAACCUCAAAGCGCUCUGAGGUUCCCGCUGCAAACCGUUACCAUGGCAACCAUAGUUCCCGCCGAAACGCAGUAAUUACAGUUAAUGGUACUACAGAUAAAACUGUUUUAAGUUGGUACAAGCCACCGUUGUAAUAAAAAACAAUUAAAGAACGUUUCUGAACUUCUUGUACUGUUUUAAGAAAUUCCUGUGUUAAUUUAUUGAGGUUUUACGGUUGUAAAUAACUGUAGUAACUUGGCGGGAACUGUGGUUAACGUUAUGAAAGUUCUCUAAAGUGCCUUGAUGGAAAGUAUGAACUCUUACGCCAGUAACAGAUUUUUACACAAGCACAUAACUUGCGAUAUAAAUCGGAUUUGACACAUCUUGGAAUACAAUGAUGCACGAAAUUCAACUUGUGUUACUAGAAGUGUAUUUCCUUGCAUACUUGUGUGAAGUAUGUUUCAGGCCUUAAACGCGGUGUAAACACUGCCAAACAUUGCGAUAAACCUGGAAGUCACUUGAAAAAAAUAAACUUUUUAAAAAAUAAUUUUACUCAAUAAAGGCCUAUAUCGCCAUUCACACAGACGUGUAAAAUGGUUUA